UGCUGGUGAGGAAGCUAGUUGCGUACGGCCGCCCCUACUUCUCCUCCGCUGCUUCUAGAUGCAUAUAGUUCGGAGCGAAAACCGCAGGGCGGCGCUAGCUUACGACUGCAUAUCGCACGGCACGCUUUCGCCUUUGCUCAUUGGCAAUCUCUCCUCUAAUCUCUGGUCACGGCCACGGCGUUUCGUUUUAUGUACUCUAACCUCCAUAAUUUGUAUGUAUGAUAUUGAAUAUGAUUGUAUGAAAAAUACGUGCGAACAAAGGUUGAAAAAUAUGGCGAGUUUCAAAAAAACAAAUACAAAAUUAUUUCUGAAAGCGACACCAGAUUUAACGAUCGACAAUUUCUUCUGGAAAAAUCAUAAUGCAUCAGUUGUGGUAAAAGAAUUCGGACCGAUCGACUAUAUUGAUUUUUCUCCCAUAGAACCAUAUCAUUUUGCUGUAACAUGCUCUUGUCGAAUUCAAAUCUAUAACCCUAUAACUAAGUUAGUAACUAAAAAUCUGAAUAAAUUUAAGGAGCAUGCUUAUGGUGGUACAUUUCGUAAAGAUGGAAGAUUAAUUUGUGCGGGCGGAAAGGAGCAUAAUGUCAAAUUAUUUGACGUGGCUACAAAAAGCCCUUUAAGAAUAUUCAAUGUUCAUAGUGCACCGGUCCACAGGACGUUUUUUACUAUUGAUGGGACACACAUAAUUUCGUUUUCAGAUGAUAAAACAACAUCACUUUUGGAUAUACCCAGCGAAAAAAAAGUGGUUUGUUUUAAAGAACAUAAUGAUUAUGUACGAGCGGGUAGUGUUAGUCCUAUAUCCUCUGAUAUUUAUAUAUCAGGAGGUUAUGAUAAAAUUGUCAAUAUGUAUGAUACAAGAACUAAUAAAAAAGUAUUGAGUGUUAAUCAUGAUGCACCUAUUGAAAGCGUCAUUUUUCUACCAAGUGGAGGAGUAUUUUUAUCAGCUGGUGGAACGGAAAUUCGAGUGUGGGACUGUUUUGCUAAUGGUCGUCUAUUAGCUAAAAUAUCUCAACAUCACAAGACAAUUACUUGUCUACAGAUUGCAUGCAAUGGACGCAGAAUAUUAUCUGGCUCGUUAGAUAAACAUGUUCGAAUUUAUGACUCUGGAACAUAUAAAACGUUACAUACUUUUGAUUAUCCCAAUGAGAUUCUUAGCAUAGGCAUUAGUGCUGAUGAUGAAACGUUAGUGACUGGAAUGACUAAUGGCAUGAUUUCGAUUAAGCAACAAGACACUAAAGGGAAAUUUGUAGAUUAUAAUAAAAUAUCUUUUCAAUAUGCAUGUGAUAAUUUACAUUUACCAAAUAUAGACACUCACGUACACGAGUCGGCAAAAGAAGUAAUGGGAAAACACGAUGCAUGUUUAAGAAAAUUCCAGUAUUCAAAAGCUCUUGAUCACGUCAUGAUAAAUUACAUAGUUAAUAAGUGUCCACAUAUAACAGUAGCUCUUUUCCAAGAGUUAGUUCGGCGGCAAGGUAUUGUUCAAGCACUCUCUGGACGUGACGGAAAAUUCCUAAUUAAUAUUUUGAAAUUUAUCAUUCGAAACAUUGGAAACAUUCGAUUUGGAAGAGUAUUACUAGAAAUAGCAAACAUCUUAAUGGAAAUCUAUGACGAUAAACUUGAAGAAUUGAAUUUAGAGGUACAAUUAACAUUUCGGCUAUUAGCAAGAAAAUUAGAGGAAGAAGAAGAUUUAAUAAAAUAUUUAACAGAGUUACAAGGUACUCUUGAAAUGAUUCUAUCAUCGUCAGAAACAACAAUUAUCAAUACGCGAUCCGACGAUUUAACACCAUCAGCGACUGCACAAAAAAAUUUGAUACUAAAUAUAUAAUAAUAAAAUUUUGAUAGUUGUACAUACUUUUUUAUUUAAUAAUUA